AUGGAUCCAAGAUUACGUGGUAGAGUGGAUCCUCGGAGGAGUGCGCAAAUACAGCAACAGCAACAGCAGCAGAAGCAGCAACUACAGCAAUCACUAGAACCGACGACGUCUGCAACAGCAAUAACUUCAAACUCACCAAAGAAAAGAGUUUUCUGCGUAGUCUGCUCAUCCAAUCAAAAUCGAUCAAUGGAAGCGCAUAAAGUGCUGGCUAAAGCUAAUUUCAAAGUUACAUCUUCUGGUACAGGUACAGCAGUACGGUUACCUGGAACAACAAUAGACAGGCCUAAUACUUAUGCGUUUGGUACACCAUAUAAUCAUAUACUUAAGGAUUUAGAAAGUAAAGAUAGGAAACUGUACACUAAUAACGGUUUAUUGGCAAUGUUAGAUAGGAAUAGGCAGAUAAAGCUUGCACCAGAGCGCUGGUCAGAUAGUGCACCAAAUACAGAUAUAGUAAUUACAUGCGAAGAGAGGUGUUGGGAGGCUGUUUGUGAUGAUCUAUUGAAUCGGGAGGCAUACUUCAAUAGGCCUGUACACGUAGUUAAUGUUGAGAUUAAGGAUAAUCAUGAAGAGGCUCUUUUAGCAGGUAGAGCAAUACUCGAUCUAGCAACAGCGAUGAAGUGGGGUAUUCUUUCAGUCGUUGCUGCGCUCGCUACAGCCGCCGCUGACUCACAAGUCGUGUUCGACAGUGAUCAGAACCUUUACCUACUCGGUGUGGCCAAUAAGGACUUUGCAGCAGGUAGCAAGAAGAAUUGGAAUUCAAGCUCUUCAUUCGACAACAUAACUAAAGGUGACAGACCGUCAUUCGAUACAGCUAACCCAAAUUGCUGGCUAUCGCAGUAUAAUAAUGGUGCAUACUGCCUCAACGUGGAGAAGAGUGAGCCUAAUAGCGUUUAUAUACUCGACUUCGAUAAUAAAGAAUGGACAAAGAAAAGCGCAGAAUUGACAGAUGAUGAUAAGCCAAGUUUGGAUAAUCUUGAAGCAGUUUUAGAUCACGAUACGAAUGUUUGGUAUGGUUUGGAUGGUGAUACUCUCUAUUCGUUGGAAAUGGGUGAUGAAUCUUUGAUUCCAAACGAUACUCUCACUUGGAAUGUUGUUGAACAGCCUCCAUUCACUACAGAUGACUAUAAUCCUGUUAUCGGAUUAGCAUCUAAUCAUCUUCACUUUAUUGAUGUUCCUGGCGCUGAUCCAGGUGAAGCUCAUUUAUUCGUUAUCCACUACUCGUAUUUCCAACCGGAGGCGCAGAAGUACGGCGAUUGGAAUCAACAACAUGGAAAGACGGCUUCAGUAUUCAAAAGUGAUAAUGAAUGGCAGACUAAAUUCUGGUUUAUUCCAGAUUCUGGUGAAAAUUCUUACUUGAUUGACGUAGAAAGCAAUACAACGACUACUUUCGAUGGUCCAACGAAGAAGGAUAAGAAAGCUGAUUACGCGAGUACACAAGAUACGCUCGUACAGCUCACAUCGACGAGUGAGUUGUAUUAUUUGGACUUUAGCGAGGAGGACAGUGCGGAAUGGAAACAAGUGGAGAACACGGCGUUACCAAUAAUGUCAAACAAUUCAGUUACCAAAAAUAAUGGCGGUGAUAGUAACACCGAUAGCAAUGGUGAUAGCACAGACGAUGAUAGCGGUGCUAAUUCAAUCACAGCCACGUUAACAGCCUUAAUAGCACUGAUAAUUGGUAUUAUAUUUAAAACUAUCCGUCGGUUGACCUAUACGAUGACGGCGGCUAAUAUGGAGUUAAAUGGAGCUCAGUUAAAGGCGCUAUUUGAUAUACUCACGCAUGUGCAAUCAUUCAACGAAUUUACUCUCACUAAAGUACCCGGCCGCGUUUCAAGCUCUGGAUACCCUUUCAAACCGCUCGCAGAUAAGCCACAGCCGCCGAGUCCUGCGCUCAACUAUCUCUUCAGACAGUUAGCGUUGACGUUGCCUGGAUUCAACACAAUCUCUCCAGAGCUCUGGCAACAGGUGGCCCAGGGUUUGCUCGAGAGGCUGGCUGCACAAGACCUCUCAGACAGCUUCGAUAAAGGUCUUCUCGGUAAGCGCAAGAUAUUGGGACAGGGUAUUAUCGUUAUAGCUGAAUACGCUUUGAGAGGUGUUCUCGGUGGUCUACCACGCAAGAAUCAAUCUACGUAUCCCAAGGACGCCCGUGAAUGCUCCUACGAUCCGCAAAACCCAACAGACGUACAGAACGCGUGGUCUGACUUCUUGCAAGGUCUCGUUUAUGGUAAUUACGUUGAGGAUCUUAUCGCGUACGUCGAGAAGACGGAUAAUCUACAAGAUCUUCCUUCUUUAUAUCAGGCCGCGCACUCCUUCGCUAGUGCUACUUUGGCUAGUUUCCUCCACUACUUGUUUACACGCUCGCCGUGUGCACAGUCGACAGUGUCGCUUAUCUCGCGCAUACACAACCUCCUCCCGUACUCUCUCGUCGGGGUGUCAACUCAGGUCGCUAAUGCGGCCACUAUGAUAUCCGGCGUACUCAAAAUCUUCUUGUCUCGGAAUCCACUGGGUUAUGUUGGCAUAGGCAGUGGCAACAAUCUCUUGCAGACCAUCAUUACGAGUGUUUUGGGUAAAGAUAAGUCUAACCUUCAGAAACAGUGGGCAGACGUUGAAAGGAAGGAGGCGGAGAAUGGUGCGACCACAGCGCAGAAGGAGGCUAUUCAGAAAUACGUUGAUCACGCUACACGAGAGGAGAGGGUGGAGAUACGCAGUCAGACGAUAGAAAACAACCAAUCAAUCAUUAUAACCAUACUUUCUCGCGAGAAAGUCGAUCUGCCAUCAUCAGAGAAGGCUCAUUCAACAUUACUCACCCAACUCACACUGCAGCUGGCAAUACGCGACAGAUAUCGCUUGAUAGAUGCACUUGUAGAUACCAAACCGGAUCUCGUUUCACUUUGCGUCACUGAGGCAUUAAAUGCGUUUGAACCGCUUAUUCGCAAAUUACACAAAUCUGUUAAUUUGAAAGAAACGCUCGAAGACCUUCAAAUAUUCAUCGACGAUCUCGUCAAAAUAGCUAAGGAGCAGGUCGGACCACGUGCUUACAUAGAUCUGUUCAACAAACAUCAGAAGAAUUUGCACAAGUUUUUGCACAAUCUGGUGAAGAACGCUCCUGAAAUGAAGGACAUGUACUUGUCGUGGUAUAUGCAUUCACUGAAUGAAUACCGCACUAGUAGCGAGGACGUGACAGAGGAGGAGUGUACUGGAGCGGGAGACUAUUCCGGAGUGUUGCAAGAGCUAUUUGACCAACUCGACCCACAGACGCAAGACAAGGUUAUGAAGGAGUUGGAUGAGCACGUCACGUACCAAAACAACGUACUUAAUAGCAGCAAGCAGAAGAUGAAUGAUUUGCUCGAUAGAUACAAGACUGAGCCUGGUAUUGGACCGGGAGUGUUUAUUGCAGUGUGGCAGGACAUGAUUGAUAAAAAUCCAAUCACACCAAUUACCAUGCAUGGAAGGGUGCGCAAUGGGGCUGACCAGGCGGUGCAACAGGCGUCUAAUAUCGGGAUAGAGAAUCAGGAGCAAGUUGAUGAGGAUGUUAUUCCGGAGAGUACAGAGCACGCAGAGGACACAAAGGAUACCCGUUCUAUUCCACUCUAUGGCGAGGGAACAGUGCGUCCAGAUUGCGCAACAACACUUGAGGCGUUGGAAGGUAGAUUCGACAAGUGCCUGCGUGAAAGGUGUAUGUGA